CCCACCGCGCCAAGCAUUCCGGGGAAGCGUUGCUUUCUGGUUUUCGACGGCCAAAACUCAGUGGGGCUAGUCGCAGAACAUCAGCCCAAGUUCAACUCGACCCUAAUUUCCACAUCCGACUCUCGCCACAGGCCAAGUAACACCACAAUGAGCAAACCGGCGGUCCACCGCGCCGACGAGCGGCGCUUCCUCGACGAGCGCGGCACCACGGGCCCGCUGGCGCCGAACGGGCUCAACCCGGCGACGAUUAUGGAGAAGGCGGUGCGCGAGCGCAUCGUCGAGAGCUACUUCUACAAGGAGCAGUGCUUCGGCGUCAACGAGGCCGACAUCGUCGACCGCGUGGUCGAGCACGUGCAUUUCAUCGGCGGCGUGUACGGGUCCGGCGGGCAGCGGCCGACGCCCUUCCUGUGCCUCGCCUUCAAGCUGCUGCAGCUGGCGCCCGGCGACGACGUGCUGCGCGAGUACAUCGGCUUCGGCGGCGACAAGUUCAAGUACCUGCGCGCCCUGGCGCUGUUCUACGUGCGCCUGACCCGGCCCGACAAGGACGUCUACAUGACGCUCGAGCCGUUCCUGGAGGACCGCCGCAAGCUGCGCCGCAAGGGCCGGAACGGAACCAGCCUGACGUACAUGGACGAGUUUGUCGACGACCUGCUCACCAAGGACCGCGUAUGCGGGACGAGCCUGUGGAAGAUGCGCAAGCGGGACAUCCUGGAGGACUUGGAGAUCCUGGAGCCGAGGGUCAGCCCGCUCGGGACGCUGGAGGACCUGUUGGACGAGGAGGAUGAGGCGAUGCAGAACGGGGAUGGGGCGAAUGGGGACGGCCAUGAGGGCGACAGCGGCUCGGUCAGGUCGAGGUCCAGGUCGAGGUCGAGGUCCAGGUCGAGGUCGAGGUCAAGGUCAAGGUCAGCAUCGCAGCCGGGGUCCAAGUCCAGGUCACGGUCGCCGGGAGAGAGGUCAGACCACGACAGGAUGGAUAUCGACGGCUCGGAGGGGCGGCGCUCUGCAGGGGGCAGGAGUCCUUGAGCCUGUCCCUGGAAGUCGCACAUCGAAGCGACG